UGUGGGAGAGACAUGGAUGCACAUAAACCACUCAAAUCACCUCCAAAAAUCUAAACCAGCCAAUGGCUGUUGGCCUCUCCCUUUUUCCAUAUCAUAUCCUCAGCCCCAAGCCCCAGCUAAAUAAGUAAUAAUAAUAAUAAUAAUAGUAAUAACAAUAAUAGUCCCUUGCUUCUCUAACAAAUCAGAAUAAUAAAAAACAGCUGAGGCUGAAUUGUGUAUUGCAGGAGCUUCUCCACCAACACCAUUUCCUUCUUCCCCAAACAGUUUUUGGCAGCGUUGAUCGAAGCGAAUUAAGCGUGUGAUGGUGUGGUGAUGAUCAUGGCCACUGCCGUCGUCGGACUGAGCACCGGCACCGGGAAAAGGCUCCUCCGCCUCGGCGCCACCUCCUACUACUCCGAUCUCUCCGCCGAAAGACUGGCUUGCUCCGCCGAUCCCACCACCACCACCUCCUCGUCGUCCUCCUCCUCCAUCAUCUCUGCGAAGAAAUCAUGGUCACGACGGCGCCCGCACUCCAUCAAAGCCCUAAAAGAUCCUCAGCCGUGUCUCUCUGAUCCUGAUUAUCUGGUGGAUGCGGUGCUUCUACUGCAGAAAUCUAUGCUUGAGAAGCAAUGGAAUCUCUCCCCCAAAACAGAGGAGAAGGAAAUAGAGGUGAUCUGUUCGGGGACCUCAGCCCGGCGGCGCAGAAUGGAGUCGAGAAAGAGAGUUGAAAAGUCGGUUAUGAAUGUAGACGACGAGCUUCUUCACAAAGGUUGUUAUGUGAAGGAGCAGCUCCUCACUCACGCCCAAGUGGUGCAGCUUUCACACAAAAUCAAAGCAGGGCUGGCCUUGGAAGACAGGAGGCAAAGGCUGAAGCAACGAUUGGGAUGCGAGCCCUCGGAUGAGCAGCUUGCGAGUUCCCUGCGGAUGAGCCGUGCUAAUUUGCAGUCGAAAAUGAUAGAGUGCUCGCUGGCCAGAGAGAAACUGGCAAUGAGCAAUAUCCGUCUCGUCAUGUCUAUUGCUCAAAGAUAUGACAACAUGGGUGCUGAAAUGCCUGAUCUUAUUCAGGGCGGCCUCAUUGGAUUGCUACGAGGGAUUGAGAAAUUUGAUUCUUCCAAGGGAUUCAAGAUCUCUACUUAUGUCUAUUGGUGGAUUCGACAGGGUGUUUCAAGAGCUUUAGUGGACAGCUCAAGAACCCUAAGGCUGCCAACCCAUUUACAUGAAAGGCUAAGUUUGAUCAGAAAUGCAAAGACUAAGCUCCAAGAAAGAGGAAUAACUCCAUCUAUUGAUAGAAUUGCUGAGACUCUCAACAUGACAGAGAGGAAAGUGAGGAAUGCCACUGAGGCAGUGAGCAAGGUUUUCUCCCUUGACAGAGAUGCAUACCCCUCUUUAAACGGUCUUCCUGGAGAAACCCUUCAUAGUUACAUUGCAGAUACCAAUGUGGAGAAUAACCCGUGGACUGGAGUUGAUGAAUGGGCACUUAAGGAUGAAGUAGAUAAACUUAUUAGUGUGACGCUAAGACAAAGGGAGCAGGAGAUUAUCCGACUCUACUACGGCCUAGAUAAUGAAUGUCUCACUUGGGAAGACAUUAGCAGAAGGAUGGGGUUGUCCAGGGAGAGAGUAAGGCAGGUGGGGCUUGUGGCGCUUGAGAAAUUAAAACAUGCUGCCAGGAAAACUGGAUUGGAGGCCAUGUUGCUACAACAUUGAUACCUAAGCUUAUAAUGUAUAUAUAAACAACACAAAAACAAGUCAUAGAUAGAGAGGAUAUGCAAUUUUUACACAACCAUGGUGCUACAAUUUUUUGUUCUUCUCCUCACUUUAAUUAUAUGUAACUGGAUCUCAUACCUUUGAUUUCAUACAACUACUAACCACAUUCGCUUCUCA